AACAGAAGCCUCCCCUGCUUCCCUCUACCAUUCAUGUCCAACCCCCUCCCGUCCUCCCUCCCUCCAUCUCUCCCUCUCUCUCUGUGUCUCUCAUGCACUCACUUACACACACUCUCGGCUCGCAGAGAAUGAGAGGAUAAACGCACAGACAGGAAGGACUGACCCGAGAGAGUUAGAGUGAGAGACAGAGCUAGAGAGAGAGAGAGGGAGCAAGAGAGCAAGGGGGAGAGGAACAGAGAGAGUGAGAGAGACUAUCCAGCAUUCCGUCUUUAUGCUUUCAGCGAGAGGAGAGAGAAAAACUACAGAGCCAUACUACUGCAAUCUCCCUGACUGCUGGGAUAUUGGAACUCCUUCACUUUUAUUUGUUAACUUUUUUCACAAGCUUUCCUUAUUUUUUAAGAUUACAAUUAUUUGUUAAUUCUGAAGCGGAGGACCUGGCUGUUACUUUUUCUUGUGUUCUCUGGGAUAUUUCUCACGACACUCUGCCCUCUGGUCUCCACACUGUGGACCAGAGACCUCUCUGCCCCUGCUGUGCCCCUGACAAGGCAUUGUCCAACGGCUGCUUGUCAUUUGGGCAAUUGGUUGAUUGUCGUCAGGGCUGGGUUGUUGCUUCUUCAUCUUUGCGGGGAAUGACCCUAGGAGGCGUGGGAUUGGUUGUACUCCAGGGACGCUCCUGAAAAGACUGCGGAGGGGACUCAAGGCGCUGUGGCCCCACGGAACUGAGAGAGCCGCCCCUCCCCCUCAUCAACCCCAAGACGCCCCAUUUCACUGCAGCAUGGAUCUCCCCCCAUUUAGAGGUCUCUCUGAUGUGCCGUGAGAGGUGUGACUCCCCCAUCCCUGCCCCAGUCCCGACCCCAUCUCCCUCCCUCGUGCCCCUCCUUCAAGGAUGGACCCUCCCCCGGGUCGUGGCCCUGCCCCAGUCAGGAGGGACCUGGAUGGGCUGGACCUCCAGCAGGUGCCUGUCCUCUCCCUGGACCAGAUUCGCUCCAUCCGGGCCAGCAAUGACUAUGUGGAACGCCCCGUGGCCCUGGACCACACCUCACAUUCUGGAUUAUUUUACGCCCACGACGACCGCUACCCCAUCACCCAUGGGUACCCCCCUCAAGGUUACCUUCAUGGUUACUCUCAGGGGUACCCGUCCCACGCCCCUCUCCCCCGGAGCCAGAGCCAGCAGCAACACGCCCACCUGACCCAUCUGAGUCGCUCCAGUACAGCCAGCUCAGCCAUGUCCCGGACCAGCGCUGCCUCCGACCAGAGACUCCUGGCGGGCCUGACGCCCUCCCACUCUGGCCUGGCCUCAGUGGUGCGCUCCCAGCCUAAAGGAGAACUCAAGCCUGAGGCUUCCCUAGGUAAAGGCCUGGAGGAGGGAGAGGACCUGGGCUUGCACCUGUUUAUCUGUGAGCGCUGUGGGAGGUGUAAGUGUCAGGAGUGCUGCGCUCCGCGGAGCCUGCCGUCCUACUGGGUCUGUAGGCAGCGCUGCCUCUGCUCUGCUCAGAGUGUUGUGGAGUACGGCACCUGUCUGUGCUGCGUUAAGGGCCUGUUCUACCACUGCUCCGCUCAGGAUGACGAGGACAACUGUGCCGACCGGCCCUGUGCUUGCACGCCCGCCCACGCCUGCGCUCGCUGGGGUACCAUUGGCCUUCUGGCGCUGUGCCUGCCCUGUCUCUGCUGCUACCCACCUGCCAGACUGUGUCUCGCCCUGUGCCAGCGGGCCCACGACCGAGCCACCCGCCCUGGCUGCCGCUGCAGCAACACCAACACCGUGUGCCGCAAGAUCUCCACCUCCAACCCCAACCCCGGGCAUGCCCCCUUCCGCAGCAAGUCCCUGGAGAAGCCUGUAUGACAGUGGUGCACCUGGAGUCAGUCGUCGCCUGGACAACGCAGUCUUUGACAACAUUGCCAUGACAAUGCAAUCGCCCCGCCCAGCCCGUCGUGAUCUACCUACUGUGACCUUUCACCUUACGUACUUUCCAUACUUCUUCUUUUCCUCCUGCCUGAAGAGAAAUGACCAAAAGCCUUACUGUACUUUACUGUAACUGUAUUGUACGUGUGGAGACUCGAGCCGAAACCUGAAACCGCCUGGUGCUUUUUGCUGAACUGACUGCCAAACUUAACCUUACUGUGUUACUGUGUGGGCAUACUGUCUCUACCUUCCCCUUACUGUGUGGGCAUGCAGUCUCUACCUUCCCCUUACUGUGUGGGCAUACUGUCUCUACCUUUCCCUUACUGUGUGGGCAUACUGUCUCUACCUUUCCCUUACUGUGUGGGCAUACUGUCUCUACCUUCCCCUUACUGUGUGGGCAUACUGUCUCUACCUUCCCCUUACUGUGUAGGCAUACUGUCUCUACCUUCCCCUUACUGUGUGGGCAUGCAGUCUCUACUUUCCCCUUACUGUGUGGGCAUACUGUCUCUACCUUCCCCUUACUGUGUGGGCAUACUGUCUCUACCUUCCCCUUACUGUGUGGGCAUACUGUCUCUACCUUCCCCUUACUGUGUGGGCAUACAGUCUCUACCUUUCCCUUACUGUGUGGGCAUACUGUCUCUACCUUCCCCUUACUGUGUGGGCAUACUGUCUCUACCUUCCCCUUACUGUGUGGGCAUACUGUCUCUACCUUUCCCUUACUGUGUGGGCAUGCAGUCUCUACCUUCCCCUUACUGUGUGGGCAUACUGUCUCUACCUUCCCCUUACUGUAUGGGCAUACUGUCUCUACCUUUCCCUUACUGUGUGGGCAUGCAGUCUCUACCUUCCCCUUACUGUGUGGGCAUACUGUCUCUACCUUCCCCUUACUGUGUGGGCAUACUGUCUCUACCUUUCCCUUACUGUGUGGGCAUACUGUCUCUACCUUCCCCUUACUGUGUGGGCAUACUGUCUCUACCUUCCCCUUACUGUGUGGGCAUACUGUCUCUACCUUCCCCUUACUGUGUGGGCAUACUGUCUCUACCUUCCCCUUACUGUGUGGGCCACUCUACUGUAGAUAGUACUGUGGCUAUUCUCUGUGUGCGCCUGCCUGGCCGACCAGACCGUUACUCAACAGACCAACCUCACUGUGCUGUGUGAUGGGCUGGGGUUUGCUCUGUUAGACUUGACCUAUUUAUUUAUUGGACUUCCUCUUCAGUGAGGUAGAGCGAUAGAGAGAGACAUAGGUAGAGAGGUAGAGAGAGAGUGAGGUAGAGAGAGAUAGAGAGACAUAGGUAGAGAGGUAGAGAGAGAGUGAGGUAGAGAGAGAGAGACAUAGGUAGAGAGGUAGAGAGAGAGUGAGGUAGAGAGAGAGAGAGAGACAUAGGUAGAGAGGUAGAGAGAGAGUGAGAUAGAGAGAGACAUAGGUAGAGAGGUAGAGAGAGAGUGAGGUAGAGAGAGAGAGACAUAGGUAGAGAGGUAGAGAGAGAGUGAGGUAGAGAGAGAGAGACAUAGGUAGAGAGGUAGAGAGAGAGUGAGGUAGAGAGAUAGAGAGAGCGGACCAUGUGUUACAUGUGAGUACAGUGAGCAAGCUACUAGUACAAAUCCUAACACAGCCAUUAAAUAAAAGGGGUCUCUAGCAAAUGUGUAUUCCAGGCAUGACAGAGACAGAGACAGGGUGGUCUACAGGGAGUCUACAGGUGUGGGCCUCCUCCCCUCCCUCUCUGAAGAGGCAUCCUGGAGCCGACAGACUGAAUGGACAUACAAGAUGUGGCAACGAGCGGCCAUGGCAGACAUUUUGUCUGAGACUGAUGCAAAGACCCUUUCCUAAUGGUGGAACAAAGACACAAACUCUGAAACACAAACAUGUAUUACUGUUUGACACACCAAAAAGGGACCAUGAUGUACCCGGAGAAUCUAAAGUGAUUAAGCUCAUUUAAUAUGGAAAGCACUGUGAGAUAUAGAGGUGAAUCGUCAGUAGUGUUGCCCAGCUGUCUAACUAACAGACUAACCUGGGGGGCCUCCCUUAUGACCAGGCAGUGUGUGUGUGUGUGUGUGUGUGUGUGUGUGUGUGUGUGUGUGUGUAUGUGUGCUUGCACGAGCAUGUGUAUGUGCACAAAUGUUUGUGUGUAAGUGUGUGUUCUUACCUGUGUAUGUACAGUAUACACUAUAUAUAUGCAAAAGUAUGUGGACACCCCUUCAAAUAUGUGGAUUUGGCUAUUUCAGGCACACCCGUUGCUGACAGGUGUAUAAAAUGGAGCACACAGCCAUGCAAUUUCCAUAGAGAAACAUUGGCAGUAGAAUGGCCUUACUGAAGAGCUCACUGACUUUCAACAUGGCACCAUCAUUGGAUGCCACCUUUCCAACAUGCCAGUUUGUAACAUUUUUGCCCAACUACAGCUGCCCUGGUCAACUGUAAGUCCUGUUAUUGUGAAGUGGAAAAGUCUAGGAGCAACAACGGCUCAGCCGCAAAGUGGUAGGCCACACAAGCUCACAGAACAGGACCGCGAAGUGCUGAAGCACGUAGUGCAUAAAAAAGUGUCUGUCCUCGGUUGCAACACUCACUACCAAGUUCCAAACUGCUUCUGGAAGAAACAUCAGCACAAUAACUGUUCGUUAGGAACUUAUGAAGUGGGUUUCCAUGGCCGAGCAGCCGCACACAAGCCUAAGAUCACCAUGCGCAAUGCCAAGCGUUGGUUGGAGUGGUGUAAAGCUUGGAACUUAUGGACUCUGGAGCAGUGGAAACGCGUUCUCUGUAGUGAUGAAUCACGCUUCACCAUCUGUCAGUCUGAUGGACGAAUGUGGUUUGGCGCAUUCCAGGAGAACGCUACCUGUCCCAAUGCAUAGUGCCAACUGUAAAGUUUGGUAGAGGAGGAAUAAUGGUCUGGGGCUGAUUUUCAUGGUUUGAGCUAGGCCCCUUAAUUCCAGUUAAGGGAAAUCAUAACGCUACAGCAUGCAAUGACAUUCUAGAUGACUGUGCUUCCAACUUUGUGGCAACAGUUUGGGGAAGGUCCUUUCCUGGUUCAGCAUGACAAUGCCCUCCAUGCACAAAGCGAGGUCCAUACAGAAAUGGUUUGUCGAUCGUGUGGAAGAACUUGACUGGCCUGCACAGAGCCCUGACCUCAACCCCAAUGAACACCUUUGGGAUGAAUUAGAAUUCUGACUGCUAGCCAGGCCUAAUCACCCAACUUCAGUACCCGACCUCACUAAUGCUCUUGUGUCUGAAUGGAAGGAAGUCCCUGCAGCAACAUUCCAAUAUCUAUUGGAAAACCUUCCCAGAAAAGUAGAGGCUGUUAUAGCAGCAAAUGGGGGACCAUCUCCAUAUUAAUGCCCAUGAUUUUGGAAUGAAAUGUUCGACGAGCAGGUGGUCACGUACUUUUGGUCAUGUAGUGUAUAUGUGAGUAUGUGUGUGUGGGUGUCAUGUCCCCUCCUGUGUUAGUGUGUGUCGGGCCUGUGUAUGUUUGCUGUCAGCAGAAGCCUCCUGUGUUAGUGUGUGUCGGGCCUGUGUAUGUUUGCUGUCAGCAGAAGCCUCCUGUGUUAGUGUGUGUCGGGCCUGUGUAUGUUUGCUGUCAGCAGAAGCCUCCUGUUUUAUUUUUAGCGCCGCUGCUUCAGAGGACCCAGAGUCUGGUCAGGUUUCCUCUCCGCGGCAGGCUGACGCCAGACUUCCCUGACCCCUCACCGCCUGUCUCUCCUCUCCUCACCUCCCCUGCCUGUACCCAUCCCUCAGCCUCCCCUAACCCAUUCCUUCCUCCCCUCUCCUCUAUUCCUCCCUCCAUCCUGAUAGCGUUGCUGUCUACCGUGCACCAAAGAGAUGGAGCUACCCCAAAUUCCCAAUACAGAGGGAUAUCAUAGGGGAUGGACAGUAAGCCAGAUAAGGCUUAGGAAAGGGAGCCAAAUAAGAAAUGUUACCUCCGUUAUAGAUCCUUACCACUGCGUCCACAACACAUUAUGCAUUUUGCAUGGUCAGGGCUUUCCUCUUCUUGACAGAUUCCUCUGGCCAGUUUGAUCAACCUCAGGCAAGUCCUUCCCCCGACCCCACCGGGGGGUGGAGGGGUCUAGCUAACACCUUCCAGCAUCACAUCUUAGCACCCCUUCCCUCCCAGUUACAUUCCUACUAACUGUAUGGACUAAGUAAAGGUGUCAGUGUGCUUCAGGUUGGCAGUUCAGCAGGUCAAACUGAACAAGUGCGCUCACAUACUCUAUUAGAAGACCAUCACUUGAUAAAUGAGAAAGAAGCAGCAAUAGUACUGUUUGUCCAUUCUGAGACGCUGUAGCCAGAAUACACUUCCUAAAAAUAGUCAGAUAACUCAAGGAAUUUGUCAUUAAUUUUGACGUUUUUGCAGAGGAGAUCUUAGUUGCUCAAUUUGACAUCUAACUAAGAUGUUAGGUGCAGUAUUUCUCCAGCGGAAAAAUUUGAAUGAAAACUAUUCGUCUCACGUUGAAUGACAACAAACAAUCCUUACUGUUGUCCAAUCACCGAUGAAGUGGCCUAGACUUCGGGUACCGAUUUCUACUUGUCUCAAGAAAAAGUUUAGUUUGCCCGAACAACCGAAAACACCCUUGCCGAAGACCAAAACGAACAAAAACGUCAAAAAAUGUCGUCAUAAUAUAUGCAGGAACUAUUCCAAACUGUUUCGGCUGGGAAGCAUGCAGACGCCUUAAUAGGUUCCAGUCCUCCUUCUCUGAGAGUUGAUCUCUGAGAGGAGGCAAUUAGCUGUAUGAUAGCUUCUAAUGGGGAAGGAGGGAGGGUUGGAGGUGAAUGGAGGAAAGUAGAGUGUGGGAGAGAGCUGUGGAAGUGGAGAAGGGAGGAAAGAAAAGGAAGGGAAGGAGGAGGUUGUGGACAGGGUGACUGUCCGUUAGAAGGACUGAUGUUGGAGUGAGUGAAGCUGUGGGAGUGAGGUCAUACCAUUCCAACAUUGGAAGAUGAAGAACAGGCGAGGAGGGAUGGAGGGACUGAGGGACUGAGUCUGGGGGGGGUCUGGUUGUCUUCUGUACUGAUAUCCAAACCGGAUGUGAAACGUAACACGCUGUGUCAAGCAUGUGUGUUUGUGUGUGUGUGUGAUUGUAUGUGCAUGCACGUGUGUGCUUGUAUUCACCUAUGAACACACACACUCAUCCGAUUUGUUGAAGUUACUUUGCUAUAUUUUUAUAUGUGCAUACAGACUGUUAUUGUAUACAUGUAUGUAUUGUAUCCCCCUUUUUAUUAUGAUUGAUGUUGCUAUGAUUAUUUUCUAUUAUAGUGAACAUUUACCUUGAGUCACAGACCUGGUCAAUACUUCUAACGAUUCUUCUAGAGGUUUUGCACUGUGGAGGAGAAGUUCAUUUACUAUGUGCCACACCUUUUAUGAUGUACCUCAACUUCACUAUUUGCUCCGUGAUUCAUUUCACGAAUACACACACACACACACACACACACACACACACACACACACACACACACACACACACACACACACACACACACACACACACACACAAAUACACACACACAAACACAAAUACACACACACAAACACAAAUACACACACACAAACACAAAUACACACACACAAACACAAAUACACACACAAACAAAUACACACCCAUACACUUCAUGGCCAAUGUGUAAGGCCCAGGUGUAUGUCCUCUCCUCUACAGUCCUUCCCCUGAAGAGCUCUAUCUCCCAGGUGGUCAGGUGUUGAGGGGAAGGGCUCCGUGUGUAGGUAGGUACUGUACUAUACAUGCAUUUCUGCAGAAUAACAACCAACCAACCCUCUCGGGUGCUGUAUGCAGGCUACAAGUUAACCACUAAACUUCCCCAUGUUGUAUUAGUAAGUAUUGCUUUGGUACAAUUGGCAUCUUGUAUGUUGUAAAAUCAUUUAAGGAGAAUAUAUGGACAUAUAUAUAUAUAUACAUAUAUAUAUAUAUAGAAAUCUAUCUAAAUGAAUAUAUUAUAUAUAUUAAAUAUACAUUUCACACUUAUUUUUUUCCGUUGCUGAUAUUACCGAUGCGUCACAGAUAUUUAUUUAAUGGUUGCGAUGAGAGAAAAGUAUUUAUUUGACUGCGGAAGUUGCGAGGAUGAUAUUUGAGGCUUUUUGGUUUGGUUUCUCUUGGAGUGGUGUGGCGGCUGCAGCCCUCAUGGCUAAAGAUAACCAAUAAAAGGUGUUUCCAAACGG